AUGAUGACUUAUAAUCAUUUGUAAAAUUGUAAUAUUAGUAAUUUAGAUGAAUGAAAUUAGAAUAAAAGGUACAAUGGAAACACUAGCUCAAAAACAAUUUACCAGAACACCCUCAAGUGAAGAGUCGAUAGAAAACAGCAUGUUGAAGGAAAAAAUAGAGAAUUUGAAAUUGGUGAUUAAACAGAGUAAUCAACAAUUAGAUUCUGAACGAAUUAAGAUUAAAGGUGUAGAAACUGUUACUAAGUUACUACAGGAGACACGUGAUGAGCUGCAGACCACACAGAAACAGAAGCGAGCGCUUGAAGCUGCGGUUAAGAAUCUACAGAGCCGAUUAACCAUUAACUCUUUGCCAGAUGAUGUCACUCUCCAAGAAAAUGAUGUUUACGUAGCCAGUCUCUGUCCACAAACUUUAGAGAAUUUGUCCAGAGAAAAUGUCCGCUUGAAGAAUCUCCUACAUCAAUGUGGUAAUGGUGUAGAGGUCAAAGAUUUGAACAAAUUUCAAGAUACUAUCGAUGACUUAAAUAAACGGAUCACCAAUUUAACUGUGGAGAACGAUCAUCUACAGAACCAGUUAAGAAAUGCACAAGACUCCAAUAACAAAUAUGGCUAUGAGAACCAGAGUUAUGGAGACCAAAUUGCAAUAGAAAAUCACCAAGAAUUAGAAAAUUUUCAAACAAUUUUGAGAAGUUUUGCGAGUCAAUGUCAAGAUUUAGAUUCAAAGUUGAAUAAAGUAAAAGAAGAAAGCAAUGUGAGGCGAUCAUCAUCUUCAUCAUCUAUUUCUAAUGACAGGUCAUCUUUUCAGCACGUCACUAGUGAAGAAUUAGAAAUAUUGAAGAAAAAUAAUUUACAAUUAGAGAGUAAAGUAACAGAGAUAACUUCAAUGAAUGUAAGAUGGCAGGAGUAUACAAAACAACUAGUUAGAACCAUACAGGAACAGAAAACCGAGAUAUUGAACCAUCAAUCUAUUCUUCAAGAGAGAACAGCAGAAAUUAACAGUCUACGUACUAAGUUUCCGUCUGGGAUUGAAAGUACAUUAAAUGAAGCUUAUGACCAAUGUCAACAAAUACAACAAGAGAAAGCAAUAGCUGAACAAGAGGCUUCACAGUUUAAAUCAUUAUACCAAGAAUUGAAUCAUUCAGUGGAAGAAAAACAGGCCAGAAUCCAAGAACUUCAGGAACGUGUGAGGAACUUGUCUUCUGGACCCAAUAUUGGUGAAGAUAGCGCAGAAACUAUCACAGUUCUGAUGGCUCAGAUUCAAAUUUGUGCUGAAGAUUUUGAAAAGGAGAGGAAAGAUCGAGCUCGUGCUCAAUCAGAAUUGACAGAUGUUCGAGCUCAACUGGAGAAGAGCAAGAAGGAAGCUGAUAGGUAUAGAGUGAUGUACCAGACUAAAAUAAAUCAACCCCGAGAUUUAUACCAACCAACAGCUUUCAUUCCUGCUGUACAAUCUAAUGUAGAGGCUCAACUGGCAUCAAGAGGGCAUCGUGAAAGAGAAGAAUUAGUAAUAGAUGGACCAGGUUCGCUAAACCUCAAAGAUUAUGAAAUACUCGAUCCUUCGAGUAAAGAUGUCUACCAAUCUUUGCCAGUUCCUGUUCCAGAUAAGAGGUCAUUUUUGAAAUCAAAGUCAGUUCCAGGCAGAAAGCAAAGUACUGAAAGAGCUAAUGAAGUCCUAUGUUGUCCAAAAUGUAGUAAAGAUUUUGCGGAGGGACAAAAGUUGUUGGAUCAUAUUGAAACUUGCGUCGAGUAAGAUUUUUGGAAUGAAAUUCUAGCCAAAAUAUUGAAUUUCUGAAGAUCAUUUAUUUAUGUAUUCUUGAUAUUUUGGCGUUAUUUGCUCUCUUAAUUUAAAUUUUGUGAUAAUAUAAUAUAUAAUUUUGUAACAAAUUAUGAUAUUCUAAACUUAUAAAAUGGCUAAAAGAUGGCCAUGAAUUGAUUCUUAAUUCCAUGGCAAAUUUCAGUAAAGUUUAUAAAUCUGCCGAGAUUAUCUGCAUCACCAGAACUCAAAUCAUGCUGCCAACAUGGGUUUCUGAAACAUAAUCCUCAUCAGGACAGCUCAAGAUACCAUAUUCUAAUCUUUGUUAUUGUUUAAAGUUUAUUUAAACUCAAGUGCUUUCCACCUAAAAUGUUUCAUCUAUUUUGCAUAAUACUAUUCAAUGUUGGUAUCAGUGCUAUAUUUUACAAUAAAAGAAAAUAACUUUAUAAUUGCA